UGUGGCCAGUAUGCCUUCCUGGGCCACGUGAAAAGUUUGACCCGGGAUAUAUAUGUGUCACCUGUGGUUGGGGUCGUUUAAGAGAAAAUGGGAUCCUCCCUGACAUUCUGCAUGAAGUCCGAUUGCCCAUCUUAGACCAGACUCAAUGUUCUAGAAUCUUGACAACUCUAAGGAGGCCUAUUCAGAGUCACACUAUAUUGUGUGCUGGAUUUCCAGAUGGAGGAAAAGAUGCUUGCCAGGGGGAUUCUGGAGGCUCACUUGUGUGCCAACGUAAGCAUGGUUCUUGGACCCUGAUUGGAGUGACUUCAUGGGGCAUAGGAUGUGCUCGAAGCUGGAUUUAUAAUCUGCAAAGGAAGUAUGAGAAAAGAGGAACUCCAGGAGUUUUUACUGAUCUGACCAAGGUGCUCCCUUGGAUUCAGCAGCACAUAGAUGCCGAUGUCAAAAUGAAAAGUUCUGUAGCAUCGUGUAACAUUCAAGAUGGCGCACUUUCUGGCAGUGAAGGAAAAUUGGUUUUUCCUGAAUUCCCAAAGCCUUUUUAUCAGGAUAAUCAAUUCUGGCUGUGGAUCUCUAGCAGUUCUCUUUGAAGAAGGAACAGUGCAAAGCAUGCACUAUCCAGAAGCAUAUAAUAACCUGGCAGAAUGCCAAUGGAUUGUUCAUGCUCCAGUGAAUCAAGUUGUUAAGCUCGCCUAUGAACACUUUGAACUGGAAGACAAUGAAGACUGCAGUUAUGAUUCAGUGACAGUCUAUGAAAAUGUUGGAAAGGAGAAAGAAAUAGAUGAAGGCAGCUCCUACUGUAUUUGGAAGAAUGGAAGGAGAUCUGCUUUCUGUUCAAGUAAAGGCCUUACUAGACCAAGUGAACCUCAUGUAAAGGCUGAAGAGGAAUCUGCUGAUUAA